AUGGAUUUCCAUAGCUCACACUUAUUUCUAGUUUUAGUGAUUGGCUUCACCUCGGCGAGAAGAGUUCCCUUUAAAUAUAUUAUUGAGGGCGCCAAUGAAUCCAUUGAGAAUGCCCCCUGGCAAGUAUCCAUUCAUUAUUUGGGAAGUCAUAUCUGUGGUGGAUCCAUUUAUAGUUCAAGGAUUAUCCUAACUGCCGCUCAUUGCCUAGUGGAAUAUUAUCCCGAGAACUUGGGGGUUCGAUUGGGUUCCAGUUAUCACAAUUAUUAUGGCAGCUUGGUUGGGGUUUCCCUGAUAAGAACCCAUGAGAAAUACGAUUCGAGCUCCUUGGACUACGAUGUGGGACUGGUGGCUCUUGACAGCGAACUUGAUUUCGAGGAAGUCUUUUCUAUUCGGGCCAUAAAACUUGCCAAGGAAAUACCACCAUCGGGAUCCAGGACAUCUGUGACCGGUUGGGGAAUCACGGGAUACGGAGAAACGGAAAUUUUGCAGUCUCUAGAAACGCAUAUUGUGGAUCUGGAACAAUGUAAAAUAUCUUACAAAGAUUAUUUGAUUACCGAAAAUAUGCUAUGUACCUCAAAUGUAAAUUAUGGAACCUGCCAAGGAGAUUCUGGCGGAGCUUUGGUCUUUCAAGGCAACCAGAUUGGCAUCGUUUCCUGGGCUGAGGGCUGUGCAGACCCAGCUUUUCCCACAGUGUAUGCCAGUGUACCAGCAUUACGGAAAUGGAUUGUAGAAAAUGCCAAAGAUAUAGAAGCAAAUUAA